AUGAGAUUGCAUAAUCGUGAUCUCUCUAUUCAAACCUUUUCCGUCGUUGAUGACUGGCUGUUCCGUGAACUUCCCACUCAUAGCAAAAUGUUAGCUCAGUCGCACUUCUUCUCUAAGUCCUUCGAUCUGAUUCCGCCACAGUCUCCGGCGUUGCGGUCUGCAAAUCCUUCUCUUCGUAUCUCUUCUUCUUAUAGUAACAGCCGCUUAUCCUUUCUUUCUUCUUCUGCAAUUGCUGUUCCCGUCUCCCGCCGUCGGUUUUGCCUGACUAUGGCUUCAAACUCAAAACGGCCUAACAUAAGCAACGAGUCUCCUUCGGAACUUAGCGACACUGAGCUGGAUCGAUUCGCCGCUGUGGGAAAUGCAUUAGCUGACGCUUCCGGCGAGGUUAUCAGAAAGUAUUUCCGGAAGAAAUUCGACAUUGUUGAUAAAGAUGAUAUGAGCCCUGUUACAAUCGCUGAUCAAAUGGCUGAAGAGGCAAUGGUUUCCAUUAUAUUCCAGAAUCUCCCUUCUCAUGCUAUAUAUGGUGAGGAGAAGGGUUGGAGAUGCAAAGAGGAAUCUGCAGACUAUGUUUGGGUUUUGGACCCAAUCGACGGAACAAAGAGCUUUAUUACAGGGAAACCCGUGUUUGGUACGCUGAUUGCUCUGCUCUACAAAGGUAAACCGAUUCUAGGACUGAUUGAUCAGCCUAUUCUAAAAGAGAGAUGGAUAGGAAUGAAUGGAAGAAGAACUAAACUAAACGGGGAGGAUAUCUCAACGCGAUCUUGCCCCAAAUUAUCACAAGCAUAUUUAUACACCACUAGCCCACAUCUUUUCAGUGAAGAGGCAGAAAAGGCAUAUUCUCGAGUUAGAGACAAGGUGAAAGUGCCCUUAUACGGCUGUGAUUGUUAUGCUUACGCUCUCCUGGCUUCUGGAUUUGUCGAUCUUGUUAUUGAAUCCGGUCUAAAGCCAUAUGAUUUCCUUGCUCUGGUGCCUGUAAUAGAAGGCGCUGGAGGUACCAUAACCGAUUGGACUGGUAAACGAUUUCUGUGGGAAGCUUCAUCCAGUGCAGUUGCGACAAGCUUUAAUGUAGUUGCAGCAGGAGAUUCAGACAUUCAUCAGCAGGCUUUGGAGUCACUUGAGUGGCAUUGAAAAGAUUCGCUGGUAUGUUCUCGCCUACUUAUUGUUUCUACACACUCCCUUGCUUGAAGACAUAAUUAUGAUCACUUUCUUCAUACUUGCUUGUUUGAUAAAUAAAAAACUGAUAGUUAGGUUAUGAUUCUGGUUAGAGCUUGUUUUUUUUUUUUUUCUUGAAAUAGGAACCAGAGUUAUUUUAUUUUUGGCUUUGUGUUAAAAUUGUCAAGAUAACAGAAUUAGCAAUUUGCUAAAUAUAGACCAUUGAAUAUCAUCAAUGCUCAUAUCCUCCACCAAAU